GUCGCCUCCAUGGAACGCUAUGGCCUGGGAAUUCAGCCUCGAACUAUACUGCCCUUGCCGGCAGAUGUGGCCUCUCAGAUCAAAUCGUCGACGGUUAUUACUUCUCUCAGUGCAGUCGUUGUAGAGCUCCUGAAAAAUGCUCUAGAUGCCACUGCUACCAAGGUCGAGGCAACUGUUGACUUUGGACGAGGUAGCUGUUCUGUGGAAGAUGAUGGCUUGGGGAUAGCUCCUAUUGAAUUUAGAGAAGAGGGGGCCUUAGGGAAGCCGUAUUACACGUCAAAGUACUACUCGCAUGAGGCGAGCCUUGGCUGCCACGGCACCUUCCUAGCAUCCCUCGCCGCCAUGUCCCUUCUUACCAUCACCUCGCAUCACCACGAGCACCGCUCGCAUAACUCUAUAACAUUCCAUCACUCCAAAGCUAUAGACAGACAGCUACCGACACUUGCGCAGCAUGAGCUUAGCAAUCAGAAGCACGGCACCCGAGUAGUAGUCAGAAAUCUUUUCGGAAAUCUGCCUGUGCGAGUUAAACAAAGAGCCGUGAUGGUGGUACACAAAGCAGAGCAUGAUCGGCAAUGGGAGUUGCUAAAGAGGGAAGUUACGGGCCUCUUGCUCAGUUGGCGGCAGCCAGUAUCGAUUCGAGUUCGAGACGCAGACAACAAAACAAUGUUCAUCUUUAAUAGCAAGUCUCCCGCAUUCUCAACUGAUUCUAGGGAUACGGAUAUCAACAAACCGCGUUCUGCCGAGCUUCAGUUCUUGCUCAAUGUUUUGACACAAUCUACAUAUCUCUCAAUCGAAAAGUGGACGUCUUGGGUCCCUGUAUCUGCCUCCACUUCACUCGUCUCCGUCAAAGGAGCUAUAUCUCUGGAACCCGCGCCGAGCAAACAUGUACAGUACAUCUGUAUUGGAGUUCGGCCUCUGUCUAUAGAUGCUGGACAUAACGAGCUGUACGACGAGAUCAACCGAGUCUUUGGUCUCUCUAGUUUCGGCACUGUCGGACAUAACAGCGAUGCCGAAGACAACGAAAAGAUUCGCCGACAGAACGAUAAGCAAUUCAAGAACGACAGGUGCACUAAUCGCCAGCUUAGAGGUCGGAAAGGUGUCGACCGAUACCCCAUGUUUCAUUUGCGCAUUAACUUAAAAGAGGAUCGGAAAGACAUGGUACGUGAAGAUGAAUUCCUCAAUAAUGAAACAAAUCUACAGUCGGUGGUUGAGGUUCUAGAUAUGAUGAUCACACGGUGGCUUUCAGUACAUGAUUUCCGACCCCGAAAGACUCGAAAGAGGAAACGAGUGGGCACUGUUUCGUCAGCUAUGAGUUGCUUCGGAGACCAAGAAGAUAUCACAAAUCCAGGUGCCCAAUUUCCACUUAGCCGGUGGGUUACAGAAGAAGGGCCCCCAACAGUCAGGUCACUAGAGCCUGGCUUAAUGUGCAGAGAGAAUUGCAAGAGAAGGAGAUCAACCAAACCAACGCCGACCACAUCGCUGAAGCAACUACACCAACAGCCGUUCCCUGAGUGGUCCCAGAUCAAAAGCGGUAACCCUCGUUUCUAUGACACGCUCUGGGGUUUGGGGAAACAAGCUUCACACAGAGGUGUUGGAGCGCCUUCCGUGGGAGUAUUUACACCGCCCGAACCAAGGCAGGAAGACCCACCCCCUCCGCUCCUUGUAACAUUUGACGACGAACCUACAUUGCUCAGCGCUUUCAACACCGUUCCUCCUGCCAACAUAGGUUUAGAGAAAUCCAAGUCCCCACUCAUGCAAGACCGAGAUUUUGACAAGGAUAAAGACGAAACGAUGACAUGGAUUGAUCCAUCUAUUAAGCAAACCUAUAUUCCCAAUUCCCGGAAUGACUGCAUCAUGCCUUGUCUUUCAACCCGGUCUCGUGGCGAUGUUUCCGCCCCGAGCAAUGCAAGGACUCUUGAUGAUUCGAACAAGUCUCUCCGACUUCAACCCAGGUCUAAUAUUUCCAACGGAACCAAUACUCCAUGGUUAGAUGGACUGUUGAAGACGUGGGAUAAUCCAAUAUUCCGGCCAGCGGAGAAGAGCAUCCGGCAAGUCACAUCAGACGAGUAUCAAUUUAAUAGCAGAGAGCGAAAGCACUUUGAUAAUCUCGGGUACUCACCCCCCCUCAUCGAGCAAGCAUUCAACGAGUCAUCGGUGCUUGAAGCAAGCAAAUUGUCAAAGGAGGGUCUGCAGAAUGCAGAGGUGAUUGCACAGCUCGACAAAAAGUUCAUCCUCAUCAAGAUGCCAUACCCCCCUAAUUCCUCGUCAGACCAUUCAACUACACCUCACGCCUUGGUCCUAAUAGAUCAGCAUGCAGCUGACGAACGGAUCCGCGUUGAAUCCUUGAUGCACGAGCUCUGCGUCCCACUUUGCAACACAAGAUAUCCUCCCUACCGUUCAAAUCUAGGCCACGAAUCUCAAGUAGCCUUUACGAUCUUGGAGAAACCUCUUCAAUUUAUGAUCUCACUCCAAGAGCAGGAUCUUUUUAUCACCCAUGCCCGGCGAUUUAGUGCCUGGGGGAUUCUAUUUGAUACGCUUAAGCACGAAAGCUCUACGUCGAGAUUCUGCAGCACAGGGAGAGUGGAAGCAGUCCUGUCUGUAACAACGCUCCCUCCAAGCAUAUCGGAGCGCUGUAGAGCCCACCCCAAGCUCCUCAUCUCCUUUCUACGUGCCACCGUCUGGAAAUUUGCUGAAGAUCCGCACCUUCCCCCUCUACCGGUCCAAGAAUCACUAUGCCCAGCUACCAAGACGGAAGAAUUACCCCUGCAUUGGAUCAGGCGGCUUUCCAUAUGUCCUCAAGGGCUUGUAGAUUUAAUCAACUCCCGUGCCUGUCGUUCUGCAAUCAUGUUCAAUGAUGAGCUGACCAUGGAGCAGUGCGAGGGGCUGGUUGUAAAAUUGUCAAAAUGCGUAUUUCCAUUCAUGUGUGCUCAUGGACGGCCGAGUAUGGUCCCUUUGAUUGAUCUAGACGACGCUGAGGUUAGGAAGUCAGAGGCCGGCCUUAGAUUAGAACUUGAUGGCGGUGGCAAGAAUGGGGGGGGGUUCAUCAACGCCUGGAAUCUAUGGAAGAAUUGAUGACUCUGAGACGUUUCGGAUUGGGACAAACAUCAUUUAGCGUACACUUUCU